AUGUUUUCUCCUUAUCGUUCAUGUACAUUAAUUCAUAAACAUAAAUAUCAAUUUAAUUUUUCUAUUAAUCAAAAUAGAAACAAAUUAAAAGAAGGUUUAUUUUAUGUAAUACCAUAUUUAAAUAUAAAAGAUAUAAUAUUAUUAAAACAAGUUAGUAAAGAAAUCAGAAAAAUGAUUGAAACUUCAUCUAAACAUGGAUUAUUAGAAAAUCAAAUUGAUAUUAAUAAUGAAAAAUAUGAUUAUUAUCGAUCUGAAUUAAAAUUAAAUCAAUUAACUUUUCCAAGAUUAAAAACAAUUUAUUGUUCUUUUCAAUUACUUUGUUCACUUCCUUCACUUAGUUUCUUAAAUCUUUCUUUUAAAAUUAUUGGUAUGAGGUUAACCAAUAAAAAACAAUAUACUCUAUUUAAUUCAAUUCAAAAUAGAAUUAUCUCUAUUGAACGAUCAGAAUGGAAUAAUCAAUUUACUCAACUCACUUCUCUAACAAAAAUUGAUUGUUAUUUCUCAAAUGAAUGUAAUUUUAUUCGUUUAAAACAAAUAAAUAAACAAUUAAAAUGGAUGUUAGUUCGUUGUCAUUAUCCAGAAAUAACAUUAAUAACUAAAUCUUUAUUAAAAUAUCCUCAACAAACUAUAUUUAUAUUUGAUCAAGCAAAUUAUAUGAAAGAUAAAGAUUUAAUUCUCUUUAAUGCAUACAAAUUUAUUAUUUCAGUAGAAGGUCAAAAUAAUAUUCAAAAUGAUAAUAUUAUUAGAUUAAAAGAAUUAUGGUUACCAAAUACAACUAAUAUUAAUAUAAUUCAAUCUAUUAUCAAAAAAUAUUAUGCUUUUAAAUUAAUAUUAUCAAAAUCUUCAAUUUUACAAACAAAAUAUAAUAUCUAUGAUUUAACUUGUUUAACAGAAUUAAAAUCAUUAGAAAUACAUUCUAUUAAUUGUAAUGAAAUUAAAUUUCCAUCUACACUUACUGAAUUAAAAUUAUUUUCAUGUAAUAUUGAAAAUAAAGAAAAUAUAUUAUUACCAUUAUGUAAACGACUUAUUUAUAAUGAAAUUUCUAUGAAAUCAAAAUUUAUUAUUAGUAAAAAUGGAUUUAUUAGUAUUAAAAAAUCAAAUUGGUUUAUUGAAAAUAAAGAUAUUCUUUCUUUUGAUGGUAUAUUCAUUUCUGAUGAUUCUAUAAAAAAUAUUAUUAUUAAAAAUUCACAAACAAUAGAAUAUACUGAAGAUUCUGAAGAUAAAAUUAUUUCUUCAUCUAGAACAAAUUCUCAAAUAGAACCUAAUUUUUCUAUUCAAUCAUAUAACCCUCUAUCAUCAAUAAAAAUACCUAAUUCAAUUAAUAUACAAUAUCAAACAAUAUCAUCAAUAAUACCAAAUAUUUUAUCAUUAGAAAAUUGUUUUCAAUUAAAUAAUCUUAAAAUUUCAACAAAUAUUCAUCCUAAUUAUUUAAAAUUUAAUUCUCUUAAACAAAUUCAUUUUGUAAAUUGUAUAUUUGAUGAAGAAAUAAUACUUCCAAAAUCUACAUCACAAAUAAUUAUAGAAAAUAGUAAUUAUAUAGAAUUUAAAUCAUUUAAUAUAUUAAAUAUGAAACUUAUUCAUGUUAAUAUAUUACCACUCUCAAAAUAUCCUACAACACUUACUUCACUCUCACUUAAUAAUACUCAAAUUAAUAAAACAAUUAAAUAUUGUCCUUUAAAAACUUUAUAUUUAAAAAAUCUAUGUCAAUAUCAAGACUUAGAAUAUCUUCCACAUUCUUUAAAUUAUCUUCGUUGUGAUUCUUGUGUAUUAUCUUCAAAUCUUUUUCUUAACUCUCUUCAUUUGAAUAAAUUAUUAUUUUAUAAUGUAAAUGGAAUAGAAAUUUUAUCUCUUCCAACAUCUAUUCAAAUUAUAAGUCUCUGUAAAUGUAAAUUAUUAAAACAAUUAAUUUUAUCAAAAACAACUCAUUUAAGGAAAUUUUAUUUUAGAUUAUGUGAAUUUCUUCAAUAUCCAUCUCUUCCACUUUCAUGUAUUAAUCUUAACUCAAUUGAAUUUAUUUCUGCUUCAGAAAAACAAUUAUUAAAUCUAUAUAAUUAA